UAGACGCUGGAGAAGAACUAGGGUUUCAUUCUCGUAAUCGAAAUUUCUCUAUCGGCAAAACAAAGACACCAUGAUUUACGACGUGAACUCUCCCCUUUUCCGAUCCUUCCUCAGCCAGAAGGGAGGUUCCUCCGAUAAGAGGAAAAACGAGGAGCAGAAGCCAAAAGAACAGAGAUUCAAAGCGAACGAGAACAAGCCUGUUAUGACAGAGUGAUGACUGCAAUGCUCCAUUCAGCUGCAGAAUGAAAUAGCAUAGCAGUUUGUUAUUUUACUAGUACUAUGAAAUGGAAGAUGUUUUUGGUUGUUUUCUAUAUUGUAAUGGUUUAAUUUUGGUUAUGUUUAAGACGAUCCUGUGAUGAAAAUGUUUUGACUAUAGAACACAUGUAAUGAAGGUACUUAUUUAAAAUAUUUUCAUUAUCAUGGA